UAAUAUUAUAUAAUUGAUUACAUCAUUGCCUUUAAAAAGAAUAGUGUAUUAAUAAUCAUCAUAAUAAAAUCAUAAUAAUAUUUUUUUGUUUAUAUAAUAAUAUAUUAAAAUAAUCAUUUUAUUUUAAAAAAACAGUUAUAAAGUAUUUUUUCCUUAUCUACUAUUAUUUUAAAAUUAAUUAAUCAUUAUUUAAUUUUUUUUUUUUUUUUUUAAUAAAUAUUUUUUUUUUAUUUAAUUUUAUUAUUUUUUUUUGUUUCAUCCCAAUACAAAAUAUUAUUUAUUUGUUUUUGUGUACAUUAAUCAUCAGUAUUUUUAUAAAAAAAUAAAGAGUAAAAUUUUAAAUCAUAUAUAUAAAUAAAAUAUUAAAGUAAUAAUAAUUAAUUAAACAUAUAAAAAUAAAUCAAAUAUAAAAUACUUUUUUCUAAAAAAAAAAAAUGAAAAAUUUUAAAAAACAUUUAUUUUAUUGUUUUUUAAUUUUUUUAAUUUUAAAUUGUAACAUUUAUACAAGUUUGGCAAAUGAAAAUGCAGGUUCUUCGUCAAACUCUACGGAAUCAUCAUCUGCUGUAACACCAACUCCUUCACAAUCUCCUUCUCCAACACCAUCAACAUCACCUACAUCCAAACCAACAUCCAAACCAACAUCCAAACCAACUACCAAGCCAACUGCAUCAUCAGAGGCUUCAUCUUCAUCAGUAGGAUCAGAAAGUGGUGAGGAUUUACACCAAUGUGCACCAGAUUAUUUUAAUGAUUUUAGUUCAUCAAGUAGCUUUGAUAUUGGUGUAUCUACAUCAAGCAACGAUCCAUAUGAGUGCGCAUUAUCAAGCUCCAAUGCUGUAUUUUCAUCAUCAACCAAAGGAAAUUUUGCAAAAUUGUCAAUAUCAAGUACUGGUUGUCCAACUUCUUGCUUAUCACAUAGUUACUCAUGUUCAGAAAUCUCAACUAACAGUACUGUUCUUGACUAUGGAACAUAUGAAUUUAAAGUUGCUGCAUCACCUGUUAAAAAUGUCUUAACAAAAGUUUAUAUCUCAUCAGGUGGUAAAAGUCAAUAUUCUGAUAUUUUUUUCCAAAUGAAUGGUAACUCAACUAAAUUAACUUAUGGUUAUACUUAUUUUGGUCAAACUACAUCCUAUUCAGACACAUUAACUGGUACUGAUUUUAGUUUAGAACAAGUUUAUAAAUUUAUAUAUACUAGUGGAAAAUUGAGUUUUUAUUAUAACAAUAUUCUUUUACAAAACAAGGUAGAAUCGUCUAUUUAUAACGGUGUUAAACUUCCCACUCCACCAAUGAAAUUCUAUGCUUCUGUAACUAAUAGUGGAACCUUAAAAAUCCCAGCAGUAAACUUACCAGCAUUCUCUCAAUUUUCAAUGUUCAACUAUACCUCCGAUAUGUGUUCAAGUGAUAGCAGUAGUGAUGGUAAUAAUUGGAAUAACAAUAUGGAUUCACCAUUAUAUUACUUUACCUCAAAUUGCACCAACUAUAGACCAAUUCCAAUUUUCAAUGAUACAUUUAAUGAUGGUUGGGUAGACCAAUCAAAAUGUUUAGUUCAAUUCCCAAACAGUACAAAUAAUAUGGCUCAAUAUGCAAGAAUUGGUACCAGCAUUGGUUUUGCUUUAAAUAAUGCCAAUAACUACUUUAGAUUAUCUUUUAAUAGCUCUAUCCCAAUAAAUAGACACAGAUAUAUAAUGUUUUGGAUAAAUGGUGGUAAUCAAGGUUAUCAAAGCUUAGCCCUUUAUUUGACAAAUGGUGACAAGAAAAUUGGACAAGCUAAUAUAGGUGAUUAUAUUCAUGGUAGUCUUCAAAAAAAUACAUGGUAUAAAGUUAUCAUCCCAAUGGGUAAGGUUAUCAUUAAUCCACCAACUAUUAAAACCUAUGAUGGCUUCAUUAUUCAGGGUACAAGUGAUGCUUUCUUAGAUAUGGUAUUCAUGGAUGAUAUUUACUUUUCAAAUGGUACUGUUUGCGUAGAUGAAUCAACUGAAGUACCCUAUUAUCAUCAAGGUAAAUUGGCUAAUGGUGCAUCCGGUGUUUAUAGUGUUAAUAAUGUUGAUUUCAAUAGUACUUCAAAGUUAUUUAGAGGUUUUAAAACCAUAGAGUAUCAACUUUUCCAAGGAUCAACUGCAGUUAUUAGUUUUAUGAACGGUUCAAUCAAUACAGCCGAGUUAGAUUUAAUGAAAUUGAACUUUUUCUUUAUACCAGAUCCAAAUUAUAACAAUCAAAAUAGUGGUAAUGACUUUUCAGAUGACUUACCAGAAAGUACAUUCUAUUUAAAUCUUCAAAUGUGUGCUACUGUCCAAGUUGUUGGAAAUUUACCAUGUGUUGGAUUGUCUGAAUAUUUAGGUGGUCAAGUUCCUGCUAAUAAAUGGGUAGAAUUACUUAUUCCAUUUGCUGAUCUUUAUGUUUAUCCAAAUGCUUUAGUAACCAGUCUAACAUUUAAAACUCCAGUCGAACAACAUCAAGGUGGUUUCUUUGUUGGUGAUUUACAAUUUGGCAAUUUUGUUCCCCCACACGUUGAUGAAGUUGACGGUUCUUUUUCUUUUAAAUUAUCAAUUAAUAUUAAUUUAUUAAUAUCAUUAUUAUUUUUUAUUUUUAUUAUAAUUUAAAUUAAUUUUACAAUAUAAUAUAUAUAUUUAUAUUUUUUUUAAAUAAAUAAAAUAAUUUAAAAUUUAUCGAAAAUU